AACGAGCAACGGCUUAGGUCAAUCAGACAAUGGCGAGCAGAGUUUACGUUCAUUACCACCACGCCGAUGCCUGUAGCAAAGCUCGCUGGAACGCCAGAGAGACAUUUAGGUUUAUGUAUGAUAGGCCUUGGCAACAUGUUCUUGACUUCUACUCAAAUGCAGUGGAAGGGAAUCUUUCUGUCCUGAGUUUGUUUCAGCCUAAAAAAUCUUUGGUUCAUGAUGAUGGGAUAACUGAAGAGAUGCUUCUUGAAUCGGAACCGGAGACUUCUACUCGGAAAGACGGGAGGUCGGGGAGGUGGGAAAGAGUGAAUUUCAAGAUCGUUCUUUCGUAUAAUGGGGCUUCUUUUGAUGGAUGGCAGAAACAGCCUGACUUACAUACUGUUCAGGGUGUAGUAGAGAAGUCUCUAGGGGGAUUUGUUGAUGAAAGGAAAGCUCAACUGCUCAAGAAAAAAUGUAAACCAUUAGAAGGACGUGUACUUGUCGCUGGAAGAACCGAUAAAGGAGUGUCUGCUCUUAAUCAAGUUUGUUCUUUCUAUACAUGGAGAAAAGACAUUGAACCCAUUGCUAUUGAAGAUGCUAUCAAUAAAGAUGCUUCUGGGAAGCUAAGGGUUGUAUCAAUCUCUAAGGUUUCCCGUUCAUUUCACCCAAAUUUCUCGGCAAAAUGGAGGCGCUACUUGUAUAUCUUCCCCUUGGAUGAUGCUGAGCCAUUGCGAAAAAGUGGCGAGAAUCAUGAGAACUUUAUCUUUGAUGAGAACAAGAAAAAGCAAAGAAAUGGACUCUUAAGUGAAGAGAUUGCUGAAGAAGUAAUAAUGAGCGAGGAUGAUGAGCUUGAAAUUGAGGAAACCAGCAAUGCGCUUGAAGUAGUAGAAAAACCAAGUGACUUUAGUGUAAGCAAGGUUGAUCAACUUUUGCAGCACCUUCAAGGAAAAGUAUUAUCCUACAAGAUGUUUGCGCGUGAUACAAAAGCUGCAAGAAACGAAGGUCCGCCUACAGAAUGUUUUAUGUACCAUGCACGGGCAGCCGAAAUUAGAUUGUCCAGUUCUGUCGUCCAUUUUGUGGCAUGGGUUUUUGGUGGAUCAAUAGUACUUGUAAUCCUGGCUACUGAAGGAUCAACAUUAGACUUGACAGAUACAAAACUGUAUAUUGCAUCUUGGUUUUUGAUUAAACGUUCUUGCGAGUUCUUGUUCAUUGCAAGUGACUGUGUGGAAGGAAGAAGGGUUAUGUGUGUUGAGCUUGUGGCUAACCGAUUUCUCCGCAAGAUGGUUCGAGUUCUUGUGGCAACAUCAAUCCGAGAAGCUGCCGCUGGUGCGGAAGAUGAUGCAUUGUUAAAACUGCUAGAAGCUUCAUGCAGACGAGCCACAGCUCCUCCAGCUCCAUCUGAAGGUCUCUGUCUAUUCGACGUUGGUUAUACUGACUUUGACCCUCAAACUUCUCUCAUUUCCUGAGAAUGGCAUGUUACAUUUACUUAAUCAUAUAUUGGAUGAAAUCUGCAUGAUUUAGUAUGUUUAGUCCGCUUGUCGUUAAAGCAAGCAAGACUUAUUUUAUUAAUAUCUCAUGAUUAAUAGUAAGGGUAUAGUUAUAUUUGCCCAAAGCCUUGAGUCAUUGACAAUGAUUUUUAUUUAAUGGGUCUAUUGCAAGAUC